AUGGUGUUGAGCGACUUCGACAUAGCAGUCUCCAACCUCAACAUCGACCAAGGCGACACUAUUGAAGACGUCAUGAAUGUCCCGUUUACGACUGUCGUAGAUGCUCCCGUACGGGACUUUGCUACAUUGUAUCCGCAUGACCAGGCAGAGUCGGAUGAGGACGAGCAGAUAAACAGGUAUCGCAGACUGAUCGAGGAGAAAUUGAGGGUGCAAGUGUCAGCACAGGAACUCGAGUCCAAGAUGGCGGCAACAAAAGAUAUUACCGAUCGUUAUGCAGCUCAAGCCUCUCCCAACACAAACAAACCCUCCCCUCCAACACCACCUCCUUUCCACACCCGCCGAGCCUCCGAACCCACUCUCUCCCCAAAUACUUCAUCAGCCAUAACCACCCCACCCAAGGCACCUUGCAAUACUCCCUCAAGCCCAACCCCCAAUUCACUUCCGCCAUCCAAGCACCGUCGAAACCCUGACUCACGCAACAUCGACUUUCGGCGACCCCGCCAUAAGGUUGAAGAAGAAGAAGAAGGAGAGGAAGAGGAAGAGGAAGAAGACCUCGAACAAUACCGCACCAUGGAUUUAGCACCCUUGGAACCUAUUAUGCAGAGUAGCUCUGCGGGCGAUUUGAUUACGUACGGUACACCGAUUAAAGUGCGAGAUGUGGAUAUUUUCCGCGUAGCAGGUUGA